GGUUUGUUGAUGUUUCGGCGUUCUUAGUAGCGGCGGAAAUGAGCAGCAGCUUCCAAAAGAGUACGAGACCUGCUCAUCGUGGUAUUGCGGGUACAAAGUUGUCGCCGCAUACUGCAGAGACAGUGUUGUCGUGUGGUGUUUCUUCCUUAGAUUACAUUCUCGGUGGCGGCUUGCCUCUUGGAGGUAUACUGCUGGUGGAGGAGGACGCUUUCGGUACCUACUGCGGGCAGUUGCUCAAGUACUACGUAGCAGAAGGAAUUGAGCAGCAGCACCACAUUUACCUUGCUAGCGGAGUCUUUGAGCCGACAAAGUUUCUUCGCGAACUGCCGAGAACAUUGCAGGUGGCUGCUGGCAGCACGACGCAGCAUGUGCCAGCGUCUGUCGCUAGUGAUGGCGACUUGAAGAUAGCGUUCCGCUACGAACGCAUGGCGAAACAAGACUCUCUUCUAGAUUACGAGGAAUUGAACCAUGUUUUUGACUUCUCUGAUCGCAUUGAAAGUACAAAGCUCGCCAGUGCUUGUGUAGUGACGUUCGACCCAUACGUACGAUGGGGAGAAGCGACGAAUGGGCACGUAGGUGCUCCUUUAGAACCAAAUUACGAGUCUGUGCUUGCCGAUGUGAACAGACUCGUUGACGAAGCAAAAGCAGAUGAGAACCAGUCGCAUUUUGCUGUUAGAAUAGCCCUGCAAGGGCUCUGUUCUCCGACAUGGGGUUCGGUGGCGGGGUUUUCCACCUUCCUUCACGCGUUAAAAGCGGUAAUCAGAGGCGAGCCAGUCAGUGUGUUUGUAACAGUCCCAGCAGUAAUCACGAGGGCGCACCCCAGCGUUCUCCGGCGUUGCCGCCGUUUGGCAGACAUCGUACUUAAGAUCCAGGCGUUUGACGACCAUGAGCGAGGCGCCAACCCGUUGUACAAAAGUUAUCACGGACUCCUGAAAAUCGUCAAGCUGUGUCGCCUGUCGUCACUAGGCACCCGCAUGCCUGAAUGUGACUUUCUGUUUCACCAGAGAAGCAAGAAGUUUGUGGUUGAAAGACUGCAUUUGCCUCCAGAACUUGGCCCUGAUGAGAAUGCACUCACAGAAUCUAAGAUACCAGGCUUGGCAUGUGCCAGCAAUCAAAACUUCAGUUUCUGAAUGUACUUGAUAAGCAGCGACUCAGUGACUCUCCAAGCUGAUAAUGUGCCAAAAUUUCCACUAAUUACCUUGUGUUUCUCUUGGUUUAAAAAUAUGUAGCUUAAAAUUGCCAGGUGUUGAGGUUGCAUCCUCAUAAAUUUAAGUUUUAGUUUAUUCCUGUUCACAUGUAUUGUAGUUAUUAAUACCUUUGCUUGGUUGGUUUAUUUAAAAUGUUCAUUUGGCACUUUUUAAUUACUGUUGCUUGUUCUAUUGAUAUAGAUGUAGAAGUUUUAUAUUAUGGCAGCAAUAUUUUCUUAUUGUGGAGCUUUUUAACGUUGAAGCACCAUUCUUAAUUGAAUAAUGAUAGUUUACGAGGUUCUGAAUUUAUAACAUGUACUAGAGAGUAACGGUUACUAUAGUACUCAAUGGAUGUGUAAGCAUGAAGCCAACCAGAAAAGUGUCUUUUAAACUUGCACAGACAACUAUGAGCCUUAUUUUUUUGCCCACUUGUGAUGCGAGAAUACUUCCGUAUGUAUAAAAGGCCUGAAGUAUAUUCAUGUGUAUAUGUUCUGGCCUAUUUAAGUGUUUGUUGCAUGACUUUUGUUUUCUGUGAAGUUCUUACGGCAAAGUGCAGAUCAUUCUGUAAAGUUAAGCUGCCAAACAAAAUCAUGUCUUUGGUUCUCUUUUCACUAAUGCUGUCUAUCUACCCUUGCUGUUUACAUAUUCAAUUAAAGUGUCUCUAAAGCUGCUAGAUAGUUUAGACUAAGGUGUGUGAUGUUAUCGCUAAUGUCACUUAACAUGGCCUAGCACUACAAAAAGUGCUAGGCCAUUAACUGUAGUGCUAGGCCAUUAACAUAGCCUAGCACUACAGAAACAUGUUAUUCAUGCUUUAUAUGAAGCUUGUUUGUGAUUACUUUAGCAUUCUGCCAAAAUUUACAAAUGCGAUACUGCGUGCUUAUGUGGAGUUGAACAUUACACGUUUCUAGUGGGCUUUAUUUCCAUAGAGUCUUGGAGGCAGUGUGUGAUGUGGUUGUCAUUUUAUACAUCAGCCAUGUAUCAUAUUGAUGAAGUCUUGUCUUGUCAGUAACGUUAAAGGGACUGUCAACCGUCCUCCACUCCUUGUCUGUUUUGUGUCACAAUGAAAAGCAUACCAUCUGAAGCGUCCGACCGUGCAGCAGUUUCUGUGGAAAGCGUGUAGAAAUUUUGAAAACAAAAUUUUUCAAUAUGCAUUUGGUCUCCUUCCAUCAGUGGGAUGAAUGCCCUCCACACUGGCAGGUGGAGGCUAUUACAAUUAUACUGCUGGUGAAAGUGGGAAAAUGAAAACCGCAUGCAGUUUUGUAGGUUACAUCACGUUUUGAUUAUUAAUAAAACAAAUACCUUACUGAUUGUUUAAGGCAUGCACCCACUUUUUUGUUGCUUUUAUGAGCGGUGGUGGACGCUGUGCUCUUGUUUCUGCGCCGUUUGCAGGCAGGCAAGACACCGUCGGCAGGGCCGGCGGGUGCCUAUUUGCCAAAUAUUUGAACACUUGAGAAAAAAAGAAACACAAAUUAGUCUCUGGCACAAUGUGAAGCUGUCUCUAAGUACAUAAAAUACAAUUUCAAGUUAUAAGUGUUUGUUUUUAAGCAAUACAAAUCUACCUGUAAGGAUUUCUUGUCUUACCAGUAGAUUGGCCGUAUCACUGUUGGGUGAGGCUAGCGAUCAUUUUUUGUCAACUUUCAACAUCUAGUUAAAUUAUAAUUCAUUUUUUAUGGGACAAAAGCAUGCUCGUUACCGCUGAUGUGAUGAAUGAUCUUCUCAUUUGUGCCACGAUCAGAAAAAAUUUUCCAAGCGGUAGACAGUCCCUUUAAAUGCUUAAGUAAGCAAUUUAAAGAACGGCACACCUUUUUUGUUUGCUUUUGUACAGGUUAGUCGAGGCAUUGAAGUAAGAAAUGCAAGUGUCCUGGUGGGUUAGUCUCAUCAGGCUGAGCAUUACGAUGAGUUCAUUGCCACCUCUCUCUUUCUAAUGCAUAGAACUGUCCAGUGUGUUGGUCAUAUUUACUUUAUUUUCCUGUGCUUAUUUCUUGCUUACUUCUGUAGUAUGUGUUCAUGCACUUUGUUAAACUGUUAAGGGAAUUGUGCCCUCAAUUGUUUAUCUCUUUUUGUUUUGUAGUUUACACCAAACAUGAAAUUUGCACAAUUUUCAUUACACUUAUGUGCGGGGCUCGCACUUUCCUAGCAACAGUCAUGAGCACAUUCACCAUUUAAUGUCGGAGUGUGGAACUGUACGAAGAGUCAUCUGUGUAGGUCAUUAGUAUGACAUACAAAGUAAUGCGUGUUCUUUUAUUGUGUUUGCCUGAAUAAACAUCUUUAUGCAUCA